UAUUUGUUUCUAUUCCAACCAUUGCUGUAUUUGUCAAACCCUGAAAAAAUCCAAUACAGCGGCGAAGACUUCUAAACCUACUAAUGGUUUGCGCGUUUAGACGUUAAGGUCUUUCGUCGACCACAAAUGUUGGAGACGUGUACACAGACGGCAGGCCGUUUAUGCUACUGGAAAAUCCCCAGUUCUUGAUCUUAAAAACGGUUAAGCUAGCUAUUUGAUCGUUUUCUGAGUUGGGCUUUAGAAUCAAUGGCAGGUAUAUCUGUCCUCCUUGUAUUUUACCUGCUCAUCCGCCCAUGGCUGUCUGCCCAAGCCCAAACAACCUUCGUCUUUCCCAGACUGAGUGGCUUAACCACUACAAAUUUGUCAAACCUGUAUUUUCAUGGCAGCACUACUACAGAGCCCGAUCUUAUAGGCAUCCGCCUCACCAAUCAAUCAGAAUACCUCACUGGUACUGUUUUAUAUUCGGAACCUGUGCGUAUGAAAGAGGACGGAUCCAAGAAUGCAACUUUAUCAUUCAGCACUAGUUUCGUAUUCGCCAUGGCUCCUCCUCCAGAUGUUUCACAAAGUGCUGAAGGACUGUGGUUUAUCGUAACGCCAAACAAAACACAUGAGGGAGGCCUUUCAGGUGCAUACCUUGGCUUGUUCAAUUUUACAAGUAUGGGACAGCCCUACAAUCAUCUCUUUGCGGUCGAAUUCGACACAUUCAGGAACCCAGAAUUCGACGACAUCGACGACAAUCAUGUAGGAGUAGAUCUCAACUCUCUCCAUUCUGUAGAAUCCAAAUCUUCAGGUUACUGGGCUGGCAACCAGUCCCUCCAAUUGGAUCUGAACGGGAGACAGAAUAUUCAAGCUUGGAUUGACUAUGAUCAUCUCCAAGAGCAGCUCAAUGUUACCAUAGCACUGGCUGGUUCCCUUCGCCCGGAAACGCCUCUCAUAUCUCUCACCAAUUUGAGUCUGCCCAACAUUUUCGAGGAAGAAAUGUAUGUUGGUUUUGUGGCAGCUACCGGCAAAUUCAUUCAAGAGCAUUACAUCCUCGCAUGGAGCUUCACUACAAAUGGAACGGCACCGGCUUUGAACGCAUCAAUUCUUCCAUUCUUAAAAGACACAGAAUCCAAUUCCAGUAACACAAAAUCUCGACUAAUAGUCGGCGUAACAACAGCUUUCGUUUUUUUCGUAGUAGUCGUGGUUGCAAUUGUUUGGAUUAGAAGAAUGAAUAACAGAGACGUCGUUGAAGAGUGGGAGAUGGAGUAUUGGCCUCACCGAAUUAGCUACAAGGACUUAAGUAUUGCAACCAAAGGGUUCUCAGAGAAGCAAGUCUUGGGAUUUGGUGGUUUCGGCAAGGUUUAUAAAGGAAUUCUUCCAUAUAACGGCCUCCAAGUUGCUGUGAAGUCUAUCUUUCGAGAGACCAAUGAAGGAGUGAAGGAAUUCAUAGCAGAGAUUUCAAGUCUCGGUCGUCUCCUGCACCGAAAUCUUGUGCAAAUCAAAGGUUACUGCAGGUGGGGACAAAAAUUCUUCAUAGUGUAUGAUUUCAUGGAAAAUGGAAGCCUGGAUAAGAUGAUAUUUGGGGAUCGUUCUCAAGUUCUAGGAUGGACUCAAAGGUACGCGAUUCUAAAGGAUGUGGGUGCAGGAUUGCUGUAUCUUCACAAAGGAUGGGAGCAGAGAGUAGUGCACAGAGACAUCAAAUCUUCCAACGUUUUGUUGGAUUCGGAGCUUCAUGCAAAGCUGGGUGAUUUUGGGCUUGCUCGUCUGUAUGGGCAUGAUGAGAAUUCCCAAACCACUCGUGUAGCUGGAACUCCUGGUUACAUCGCUCCAGAAUUGCUAUCGACAGGAAAGGCCAGUACCAGCACAGAUGUAUUCAGCUUUGGCGUUUUGAUGUUGGAGGUUGCGUGUGGAAGGCGACCUGUGGACUUAUCUUCCGAUGAUUCUCAAGUGGUUUUGUUGGAUUGGGUGAGGAAGCUGUAUGCCAACAGAAAGCUCAUGGAUGCGGCCGAUCCAAAGCUUGGUGGUUAUUUUGUUGAAGAUGAGAUGGAGAUUGUGCUGAAAUUGGGUCUCUUCUGUUCUAAUCCUGAAGCAGAAGGAAGACCUGGUAUGAGACAAGUGGUUCAAAUACUCGAAGGUGAAGUCUCCCUUGCGGCCUCAGCUCUUCCUCCUUCAUUUGAGAUAAGUGAUUCAGGCCCAAUUGAGGGGUUUUCACUUCCCGAGUCCCUGGAGAUGCCGUGAAAGCAAGCUUGUUUUCUCUUUAGGGGGCAGAGGUGCAUAAAUGAAUUGAGGUCAUUAUGUGUUAUAAAUAGAUAUGUUUACUUUCUUUCUUUCCAAAAGAUAAAGUUUGCUUCGAAGGGUUUAUAAUAAACUAUAGUGAAAAAUAAUAAAAUCAUAGUUAUAUAUGAGAAAGAUUAGGACAUAAAAAGAGAGACAAAUUAUCUAAUAAUAUUAAUAUAAUAAAGGGGAUGAUCCCACAAUGCAGCGGUUAACU